CUCUUCUAAAAAACUUUUUCGUACUGAAUAAAAAAAUGGCGGCCAAAGCAAUGACCCUAAUGGCGGUGAUGGUGUUUGCUGCUCUGACGGCGACCACAGUGAACGCCAAAAUCCCCGGAGUUUACACCGGAGGACCAUGGGUCAACGCUCAUGCCACCUUCUACGGCGAAGCUGACGCUUCAGGCACUAUGGGUGGUGCGUGUGGGUACGGGAAUUUAUAUAGCCAAGGUUACGGUGUGAACACGGCGGCUUUAAGCACGGCCUUGUUCAACAAUGGUUUGAGCUGUGGCGCUUGCUUUGAGCUCAAGUGUGUCAAUGAUCCAGGGUGGUGUCUUCCUGGAAACCCAUCAAUCCUUAUCACCGCCACUAACUUUUGUCCACCUAACUUCGCUCAAGCUAGCGACAAUGGUGGUUGGUGUAACCCUCCUCGUGAACAUUUUGAUCUCGCCAUGCCUAUGUUUCUAACCAUCGCUAAGUAUAGGGCCGGUAUCGUCCCCGUUUCUUACCGCAGGGUUCCAUGUAAGAAGAAGGGAGGUAUGAGAUUCACGAUCAAUGGAUCAAAGUACUUCAACUUGGUGCUAGUCACUAACGUAGCCGGAGCCGGAAACGUCCAGAUGGUUAGUGUUAAAGGAAGCAACACAGGUUGGUUAGGUCUUAGCCGCAAUUGGGGACAAAACUGGCAAUCAAACGCAAUUCUCGUCGGCCAAUCUCUUUCUUUCCGAGUUAAAACCUCUGAUGGCCGAAGCUCCACAUCCAACAACAUCGUUCCAAGUAACUGGCAAUUUGGUCAGACUUUCUCCGGCAAGAACUUCCGUGUCUGAUUUCUUGAAGAUAAACAAUAAUAUGCGGAAGAUAUAUUUGAAAUUUUAUUUCUAAUAUAUAUAUUUACGUGUCCUUUACAAUUAGUUACUAUUUGGAAUUGGGGUUCUACUAUUUUUCCCUUAUUUUCUCAGGGAAAGUAGUGGGGUUGCUUGGUUUGGAAGUUAGGCUUCUGUUUUUAAACAUUCAGACUUUGUUUUUGGUGUGUUAAGUCUUGUUCAGUUAUGUAGAGAGGUUGAAGCGGCUUCAAAAAGAAAGGGUUGGGAUAAAGAUAAUUGUAGCCCGCAACUCUCCUGAUUGUAUUAAGUAUAUAUAUAAUAUUAAGAAACUUGGAAUUUCCAUUUAUAUAAAUAAAUGAUUGGCUAUUC